AUGACACAGUCUAUACCAGAUGACUCGAUCAGAGUCAAACAGACCGAGAGAGGCAUCAUCAACCCCAUUACAACGCCAAACGGUAUAGACACACCCAGUGGAACAAACACACCACAAAACGAACCGGAAUCAUGUUUCGAAAUAGUCACCUGGAGCGGCCCCAAAGACCCUGAAAACCCACAAAACUGGCCUCUACGAACAAAACUACUCCGCUCCUCAGCAGCGUUAACCGUAAUCUUCGCCAUCGCAUUCGCAUCCAGCGUCUUCGGUGCUGCAGCAGACGUUACAGCAGCCGAAUACGGCGUCUCCCAAGAAGUAAUGUCCCUAGGAGUAGCCCUGUUCAUCGCCGGGUUCGCAACGGGCCCGCUAAUCUUCGCCCCAAUGGCCGAAGUAGUCGGCAACGCGCCCGUGCUCGCCGUUGCACUAGCAGGCUGUGCCAUCUUUCAAAUCCCUCUAGCCCUAGCGCAGGGCGUCGUCACGAUCCUGGUUUGUCGGUUUCUAGCGGGCAUGUUGGGUAGUGGCGGUCUUGCGGUGGGAUCGGGGAUUCUGGCUGAUAUCUAUGGACCGAUUACCCGUGGUGUUGCGGUGGGUAUGUCUGCGUCGAUUAUGAAUUUGGGAUCUAUCAUUGCGCCUAUUGCGGGUGCUUAUAUCGUUGAGCGGUAUGGGUGGAGGUGGACUGCGUGGGUGACGCUGAUUAUAUGUGGUGUCGUGGGUAUCCACGCUGCGGUGUUACUGCGCGAGUCCUCUCAUAAUCGCAUCCUCAUGAAACGCGCCGCUAGGCUCCGUCGUGAAACGGGGAAUGUCAACCUCCGUGCUCGUGCUGAGAUGGCAUCUCUAGAUCCGCAGGUCCUGCUACGAAAGUACUGUACCAAACCGGUGCGGAUGUUCAUCCAAGAACCCAUCCUGAUAGUCAUGACGAUAUACCUGACUCUCGUCUACGGCACGCUCUACCUAUCAUACCAGUUAUUCCCGAAGGCAUUCCAGAAUCGAGGCUGGAGUAAACCCACGGCAACUCUACCGUUUAUUUCUGUUGGGUUGGGCGUGUUGUCUGCACUUGGAAUUUUCUCUUUAUUUACAAUGACUUGGUACAAGUCACGAUGGCUAGCUUCACAGAAGGUCAAGACGGAUGAAGAAGGGAAAUCGUCUUCUUCCCAGAUCAAAAUCACCCCAGAACAUCGAUUACCCCCCAUGAUCCUGGGUGCAGUGAUCCUCCCACCGGCACUCCUCUGGUUCGGCUGGUCAGGAGACGUCCAUUGGGCAUCGCAGCUCAUCGCAUGUUUCUUCAUCGGGAUGGCAUUACAAGUGAUUUUCAUCAGUGGCAUUGUUUACAUUGUCGAUACUUAUCUGAUGAAUACCGUCUCGGCUAUAUCGAUUCACGUCAUGGUUCGUUCGUUGGUUUCUGCCGUGUUUCCCAUCGUCGAAGGACCGAUGUAUGAGAAGUUGCAUAUUAAUUGGUCGGCUACGUUGCUUGCGGUUUUAUCAGCAGUGAUUAUGGUUUCGCCGAUCGUGUUUAUGAUAUAUGGAUCUCAGAUUCGAAGUUGGAGUCGAUUUUCCGUGGGUGGUAAUCAAAAUUAG